GGAGAAGGAGGAAGGGGGGCACAGGGAGGGGGGGGGGCCGUCGCGGCGAGCCCCCAGCAGCGUGGCCUUUUGGGGGGGUGCGCGGGGGGGGGUGGCGGAGGAGGGCCGGGGCUGGCCGCCGCGGACCUGGCCGUAGAUGACUGCAGAAGCGCAGCAGGCUCUGUCCUCUCAGCCCCCUCCUCCUCCGGCGCACAGCAGCUACGGCCCCAUGUCCUCCGUGGCCGAGAAGCAGCCGCAGAGCUCGGCCAUGGACGCCGCCCCCGGGGCCCCCGGACCGGCCGGCAGCGCUGCGGGCAGCGGCGGAGCUGCGGGCGGCGGCGGCGGCCCUAAAGCGAAGAAAACGAACGCGGGGAUCCGGCGGCCGGAGAAGCCGCCCUAUUCCUACAUCGCCCUGAUCGUCAUGGCCAUCCAGAGCUCGCCCUCCAAGCGGCUGACCCUGAGCGAGAUCUACCAGUUCUUGCAGAGCCGCUUCCCUUUCUUCCGCGGCUCCUACCAGGGCUGGAAAAACUCGGUGCGCCACAACCUCUCGCUCAACGAGUGCUUCAUCAAGCUGCCCAAAGGGCUGGGCCGCCCGGGCAAGGGCCACUACUGGACCAUCGACCCCGCCAGCGAGUUCAUGUUCGAGGAGGGCUCGUUCCGCCGCCGGCCCCGAGGCUUCAGGAGGAAAUGCCAGGCGCUGAAACCCAUGUACAGCAUGAUGAACGGGCUCAGCUUCAACCACCUCCCCGACAGCUACAGCUUCCAGGGCUCGGCCGGAGGGCUCUCGUGCCCCCCCAACAGCCUCUCCCUCGAGGGGGGCUUGGGCAUGAUGAACGGCCACUUGGCCGGCAACGUGGACGGGAUGGGGCUGGCCGGCCACUCCGUGCCCCACCUGCCCGCUAACGGCGGGCACUCCUACAUGGGCGGCUGCACCGGCUCCUCGGCGGGGGACUACCCGCACCACGACGGCUCCGUGCCCGCCUCCCCGCUGCUCGCCGGCGGCGGCGUGAUGGAGCCGCACUCGGUCUACUCCAGCUCGGCCUCGGCGUGGGCUCCCUCCGCUUCGGCCGCCUUGAACACGGGAGCUUCCUACAUCAAGCAGCAGCCGCUGUCGCCCUGCAACCCCACGGCCAACCCGCUCUCCUCCAGCCUUUCCACGCACUCCCUCGACCAGUCCUACCUGCACCAGAACAGCCACAACACCGCCGAGCUGCAAGGCAUCCCGCGGUAUCACUCCCAGUCUCCGAGCAUGUGCGACAGAAAGGAAUUCGUCUUCUCUUUCAACGCCAUGGCCUCCUCCUCCAUGCAUUCGGCGGGCAGCGGCUCCUAUUACCACCAACAAGUGACAUACCAGGACAUCAAGCCGUGCGUUAUGUGAUACGGGGCGGAAAAGCCACCUCCCGGGGCCGCCGAGGCCUGACCCGGGCACCGAGCCCCCCCCCCCGGACCCUGGGGGCGCAGGGGGGUCUCUCCGGGCCGGGAGGAAGGGCCGGGAGCCCCGGGGACCGCCGUGCGCGGCGGCUGAGCACCGGCCCCGGCCCCAACACGUGUCUUCAAUCAGAGACGGUCUCUGCCUUCUUCUGCUUCUCCGCUUGGGUCGGCUUGGGGUGAGAGGAAAAGCAAAAGCAGCCCCCCGAAAACAGCCACCGCUGUCGCCUUCUCACCCGAAAUCCCCGACUGCGAGUUUGGGUUAAGAGUUUGACAAAUGAGGUUUUGAUUAUUUCCUUAAAAAAAAAAAAAGAAAGAAAGAAAAAGAAAAAGAAAAAGAAAGAAAGAAGAAAAAAGAAUUUGCUAACCAUGUUUUCUAAAGUCAGUGCAUUGAGCGAUGCCACCACCACGGUGGGUAGGGGCAGAGCCGGCUCGGGCCGGGGGCUCCAGGGACCCCCCCGGUGCCCGCAGCCGCUCCGCGCUGCCCCCCCGGUCACCUCCGGGCUUCCCGGCCCGGCCCUUCGGUCCCGUCUCACUUCGAGCCCCUACUUCCGAGAAAUAUCUUCUUAGUUUUGUUUCUUUGCCGGCAAACACACAGCGGGCAAAAAUCUCUCAGAGGGAUUUUUUUUAACUAUAUAUAUAAUUUUUUUUUUUUUUUUGCCUGCAUAAAGACUGCAGGAUCAGACCCUAUGCAGAGAGAAUAAGGCACUUUGAAAAGAGACAGCCAUGCUCAUUCUGUUAUUUAUUCUACAUUUUUUUUGUUGUCGUUGCUAAUAAUCGAGACACGAGUAGUCUCAGUUGAUCAGUAUUAAAGCGGUGGAGCUCUGUUGGCAAUAUUUGCCAUAUAGAUUUUUUUUUUUUUAGUUAACCUUUGUAAAUUUUAAACCGAUCAUGGUCUUUGUGUAAAGACAAUCUUCCAUAUGUUUUUAUAGAAAUAUAUAUAUAAUGAAGGAUUAUUCCCCUCCGUCCCCCCUCUUUUUUUUUUUUUUCUUUUUUCCUUUGUACAGUUCGGUGUCACCUAUUUUAAUUUCUUUCUGCACUGUAUAAAAUUGUAAUUAUGUGGUUGGUUUUGUUUUUGUUGGUUUAUUUUUUUUUUUCACCCUGCCCUUUUGUGUACGUUUCGUCCCUAAGGAUAAAAAAAAAAAAAAAUCGAACCGAAAUAAAACAUGUAUGUUAUUUGUACAUGGGCUUCACGACUGUAUGAGCAGCAAAUAAACGAGCAUGCGGUGUAA